AUGGCGAGUUUAAAACGAUCAACCGAGUCCGAUCCCCAGGCUUCAAAUAUUUCUAGCAAGGUUUAUGUCCGCUCAACCAGAAGUGGCAAAGUGCAGAAAAUUGUGAGAGAAGUCUACCUACGAACCGAUAUUCCUUGCUCUUCCCAGCUCUGCAAGGCCUGUCUUCAGGACGCUCCUCGAAAUGCCGCCCAGCAAGCUCAGUCUUUUGUCCUUUCGGACAAGCCUGCGGGCACCAAGACUUACUCUCAGGGUCAUUACUUAGUCCCUGAUACUAACGCAUUGCUUAACGCGAUGGACCUUUUCGAACAAAGCUCAGCCUUUUAUGAUGUUAUCAUCCUGCAAACAGUGCUGGAAGAGCUACGAAAUCGAUCACUGCCUCUGUACAACCGUCUAGUGGGGCUUACCAAGAGUGAGGACAAGAGAUUCUACGUCUUCUUCAACGAUUUUAGGCUUGAAACGUUUGUCCAUCGUGAUGCAAACGAAACUGUCAAUGAUCGCAACGACAGGGCUGUUCGGUUAGCUGUCAAAUGGUACGGCGAGCAUCUUGCCAAGACCAAGGCGAAGAAGGUUCCAGCUGUCGUGAUGCUUAGCGAUGACCGAGAAAACCUUCGCAAGGCUAAAGAGGAUGGCCUGAAUGCAUCAUCCCUGCGAGACUACGUUGGUACUCUCGAAGACGGCGAGAGGCUUCUCGACAUGGUGGCAGAGGCCCAAACCCAAGGAUCCUUCAAGACGCAGGGCCAGAUGCUCUAUCCUGAAUAUUUCACCCUAUCAAAAAUGAUGACCGGCGUCAAGGCCGGGUUGAUGCACCAAGGUAUCUUCAAUGUCUCGCCAUACAAUUACCUCGAGGGUUCUAUCAAAGUUCCGGCGUUCCCAAAGCCUCUUCUAGUCCUCGGUCGUGAGAACAUCAAUCGAUCCGUCGAUGGUGAUCUUGUAAUCGUCGAGGUUCUUCCUCAAGAUCAAUGGAAGGAGCCCUCAACAAAGAUCAUCGAGGAGGAGGCCAUCACUAAGAAUGAAAAUGCCGACGUGGAGGAGAGCCAGGAUUUUGUCUCAGAAAAAGAGCGAAAAGCCCUUCAAGAACAGGUCAAGAAGACUCAGAAGAGCGCGUCGGAGAGCAAACCCCAACCCACGGCCAAGGUCGUCGGUGUAGUCAAGCGUAACUGGCGUCAGUACGUUGGUCACAUCGACCCUUCGUCGGCGAGCAAGGCCUCCUCUAGCCAAGGUCGCAAACAGGACAGCGUUUUCCUGAUUCCCAUGGACAAAAAGAUCCCCAAGAUUCGUCUUCGUACGAGACAGGUUGGUGACCUUCUCGGCAAGCGUCUUCUGGUAACCAUUGAUGCUUGGGAGCGCGACUCGAGACAUCCCGUUGGACACUUUGUACGAUCUUUGGGUGAGCUGGAAACCAAGUCUGCCGAGACCGAGGCUCUGUUGCUUGAGUGGGAUGUUCAAUAUCGACCGUUUCCCAAAACCGUGUUGGACUGCCUUCCCAAAGAGGGUCAUGACUGGAGGGUGCCUACAAGCAUGGACGAUCCUGGUUGGAGGCAAAGAGAGGACCUCCGGGGACUCCUCAUCUGCAGUAUUGAUCCAGUUGGCUGUCAGGAUAUUGACGACGCCCUUCAUGCCAAACAGCUAUCCAACGGAAAUUACGAAGUCGGUGUCCACAUUGCUGAUGUCUCCAACUUUGUCAAGCCUGCCAACGCUAUGGACACUGAAGCUAGUAUCCGAGGUACCACCGUCUAUCUAGUGGACAAGCGUAUCGACAUGCUUCCUCCCCUGCUUGGUACAGAUCUCUGUUCGCUCAAGCCUUAUGUCGAGCGAUUUGCCUUUUCCGUACUCUGGGAGUUGAACGAUAACGCCGACAUUGUCAAUGUUCGUUUCACCAAGUCUGUCAUCAAAUCACGAGAAGCUUUCAGCUACGAACAGGCCCAGCUACGAAUCGACGACGAUUCCCAACAAGAUGAUCUUACCAAGGGCAUGCGCAUGCUUCUCAUGCUCUCCAAGAAGCUCAAGAAGAAGCGAAUGGAUGCCGGUGCCCUGAGCCUCUCUUCCCCAGAAGUUAAGGUGCAGACGGAAUCUGAGACAUCUGACCCAAUCGAUGUCAAGACAAAACAGCUGCUCGACACCAAUUCUCUUGUCGAGGAAUUCAUGUUGUUCGCCAAUAUUAGCGUCGCGGCCAAGAUCUACGAAGCCUUCCCUCAAACUGCUAUUCUACGUCGCCACGGUGCUCCUCCAAAGACCAACUUUGAUGAACUUUCGAACCAGCUACGCACAAAACGUGGCAUGGAACUACGCACCGAUUCUAGCAAGGCCCUUGCCGAUUCUUUGGAUGAAUGCGUUGACCCCGAUGAGCCCUUUUUCAACACCCUUGUGCGUAUCAUGGCCACUCGCUGCAUGAUGAGCGCCGAGUAUUUCUGCUCCGGUACCCAAGCCUAUCCCGAGUUCCGCCAUUACGGUCUUGCUUCGGAAAUCUAUACUCAUUUCACAUCUCCCAUUCGUCGUUACGCCGAUCUCCUCGCUCAUCGACAGCUUGCCGCUGCCAUUGACUACGAAGCCAUUCACCCCAACGUUCGCAGUCGAGGACGUCUGGAAGCCGUAUGCAAGAACAUCAACGUGCGACAUCGCAACGCCCAAAUGGCAGGCCGUGCCAGUAUCGCCUACUAUGUCGGCCAGGCUCUUAAGGGCAAGGUUGCUGAGGAGGAUGCGUUCGUGAUGAAGAUUUUCAGCAACGGCUUCGUGGUCCUGGUACCACGCUUUGGUACUGAGGGCCUUAUUCGACUGAGGGACCUUGCAGAGCCCGAGCCAGAGGCCGAGUUCGAUGCUGAGACUUAUACACUUACCACCAAGGGAAGCCGAAAUGUCAAGGUCGAGCUGUUCCAAAAGGUCAGGGUCAGAGUCCGUGAUGAAAAGGAUGAGAUGACCGGCAAGCGUGGCGUCAAGAUGGAAUUGAUCGAGGCUUAA